AUGUUUGUUCUAGCUCUAACUUUUUGCUGCUCAUCUUUUUAUAGAAAGUUCCUUCAUAAAGACGAAUCAAGUACAUGGUCAACAUACUUCCCUUCCACUACAAUGCCUUCCAUUACAAAAGGAAGAAAUCCCAAUCUUUCAGCAAACGUGAACUCAGCAUCCGAAUAUUAUCUCUCUUUUUGUGAAUUCUCAUUCAUCAAAAAUAACGCAGUUACAGUAAAUGGCGCUAAUAUUAUCAUGUUGAUUUCUGAUUCAACGUUUUUCAACUGUUCCAAACUGAUUACAAGCAGCUCGGAGAGUCACAUAUACGGCUGCAUAUUAUCAUUUAACGGAACACAGUCAAGUAAAUUCCAGCAAGUUCGAGUUUGCGCUUCAUUAUGCAGAUUUAUUCUCGAGAACAAUUCCUUAUCCAUCACAAAUCCAGAUAGAUCAUAUACAGUCUCAAAUAUCUCCAAUAGUUUCUAUAGCGACAUUUUUUCCUAUAGUAAGUUGCAAUACGGACAUUUCGAAUCCAUUACUUCAGAAGAAAGUGCCUGCAGUGAACUCUCAACAUUCUACUGCUGUGGAGACUUUCACCUUGGCCUUGGAACCUCUUACAUGCGUACACACAACGCACUUUUCCAAGAAAACAAUAUAACUCAUUGUUUCUCAAGAUACUACGCAGACUUUUAUCUAAGAGGUUACACAGAUGAUUCCGACAUAAGCCACGCACGUACAAAGUACAACCAACUCGACAACUUGUACGUAGGAGACUUAUAUGUCCUGUUUUUCCAAUGGACAGAUGCAACCAUGGAAAACACAAAUAUUCAUGAUUGUUUGGACAUCAAUGGCUUCUUCGGAACACUUUUCACAAGUAGUGCUCCGUUAACUUUCAAACAUUGUUCGUUCAUCAAUCUCACGAAAGGAGAUUUUUAUACUUUUAAGUUCACAAACUUUACUUGUACAAUUGAUUUUAUUGACACUUAUUUUGAGGAUUCAGGGGUUACAAAGUUCUCAAAUCCUGUUACUUUCAGCGCUCCAACAUGCGAAUACAUUGCUCCUCAUGCAGAUGAACAGAAACCUCAACUGCCUGAAUCAAAUAAGAAAUUUGAGAGACCAAUUAAAGGUCUAAUGUAUUUAGGCCUACAAUGCAUAGUAUAA